AUGGAGGAGUCCAGUGAUGUGUAUGAUGGUUAUAACAUAAACGACCCCAAUCCCUGUGAAGACCAUCAGAACCUGGAGGAUCUGGUCCAAGUGAACUGCCUCAGAAGGAGGAUCAAAUACUACUUCAUGAACCCCUGUGAGAAGUACCACGCAAGAGGGCGUAAACCAUGGAAACUCAUACUACAGAUUGUUAAAAUUGCUAUUAUUACUAUACAGUUGGUGUCUUUUGGACUGAGCAAUCAGCUGGUUGUUACUUUUAAGGAGGAAAAUCUGAUGACUUUACAGCACCUCUUUUUGAAAGAUUAUGCUGACGGAGGCAUGGAUACGUAUGCUAUAUACAGACAGGCAGAUGUUUAUGAUCACAUUGAGUACAUUAUUGCUCAGUAUGGACAACUGCACAACAACACAGUGGGAAAUCUUGAAUAUGACAGAAAUGGCAGCUCUUACACACCUCUGACACUGUGUCAGACGUUCUACAGGAACGGUAGCAUCAAUCCUGGAACUGAGACCUUUGAGAUUGAUGCUCAAGUGGAAACUGAAUGCCUUGAAGUUUAUCCAAUUCAUUCCUCAUCACCACGUGACCCACUGCACAACUUAGAACUGUAUUUCAAAAGGAUGCUCUCCGUGGUGAUCACGUUCGUUCUCAAAGGCAUCAAUUUGCAAACCGUGCAAUAUCGAGAGCUCCCGGACUGCUACGACUUCACUGUUCUUAUUACCUUCAACAACCAUGCUCACAGCGGCAGGAUAAAGGUCGACCUGGAUACUGACGUGGACAUUAAUGAAUGCAAUGAGUGGAAAAUACACGGAGCCUCUGCUAGAAACCUGUACCUGACGGUGCUGUUCGACUGCAUCAUCGUAAUAAUCUGUAUCACCUCGUUUGUACUCUGCACACGCUCGGUGGUAAAAGGGAUUCUGUUGAUGCUUGAGUAUGUCCAUCACUGCAACAACCACUGUGGUAAAGACGUACCGUGGUCGGACAAGUUGGAGUUUGUGAACGGUUGGUACAUCCUGAUCAUCAUCAGCGACAUUCUGACCAUCACAGGCUCCUUUCUCAAGAUUGAAAUUCAGACUAAGGUCCUAACAAGCUACGACGUGUGCAGCAUCUUCCUCGGCACAGGCACCAUGUUUGUUUGGAUCGGCGUCAUUCGCUACAUGGGCUACUUCAGGAAGUAUAAUAUUCUCAUUGUGACUUUAAGGACAGCUUUUCCAAACGUUAUUCGCUUCAUCUGCUGCGCUGGAAUCAUUUACCUGAGUUACCUUCUAUGUGGCUGGAUUGUAAUUGGCCCGUAUCACGAAAAGUUUCGGAGCUUAAACACCGGCUCAGAGUGUCUGUUCUCGCUGAUCAACGGAGACGACAUGUUCCCCACCUUUAAGAACAUGAAGCAGAAGAGCAGCCUGGUGUGGAUUUUCAGCAGAGUGUACAUCUAUACCUUUGUGUCGCUCUUCAUUUACAUGAUCCUCAGCCUUUUCAUCACCAUCAUCACAGACACAUACUACACACUCAAGCAACAGCAGCAAAGUGGAGGCCCAACUUCAGAGCUGCAAAUGUUCCUGUCAGUGUGUACAGAUCUGCCAACAUCUGGAGUUUACAGACUUGAUAAGACAAACGGCUGCCUCAUCAGCUGCUGCAUGAACAGAUGCAGGAGGCGUCAUGAGAGGCUGACUUCAGAAGCAUAGCAGUUUUUUCUUUUUUUUUUUUUUUACAGGAACACAUGGCUGUAGUGUAAAAGUUGUAAAUAUUGUGCACUUUAUACUUUUACAUUCAGUGA